UUCAGUCUCUGUUGCUGCAGCUACCUGGUUCGCUUCCUGCACUUUGACGCACAGGUCCACGGAUUCGGCAGAAAACUUUUCCGAAACUUGCAUUUCGGAGUGGACUGAAUACAGCAGCUUGUCAAAAUGGAUAAAAAUAUAAAUGUCUACCUGUCGCUCACGGACUAACCUGUGCAGUCAGCCUGAGGACGCACCGUAAUCUGAGCAUAGAUGACCUUGAGUUGAUUGUCCUCUUCAUGUUUGUCCUUGAAUUCCUGCAGAGAGGGAGUCAUGUCUGCUGGCAGCAACGGCACUCUGAGACGCAGCUCAGGGCCGCAGAAUGGCAGCCAAGUGUCCUUUCACCAAGAGCGCUGUGUGGACCCUGUGGAAAGUAGUCAACUUUCCCCAGAGCCAAAGGCCAACCAUAAAGCACACCUUAAAGACGCGAAUGGUAAAGAAUCUGAGACCAUCCGCUUCAUUCCUGGUUCUGAUGAGCGCUCAUCCGCAGCAGGAACCUGUAAUCCCUGCUGUUCUUCAAGGAGCUGCAAAACCUUUGUGUGCAGCGUGAUCACCUGUGGCCUGUACAGGGUCUGUCAUUGCUCCAUCCUCGCCCCAUGCUUGGCCCCAAAUGAGAGUUCCCCAGAUGAACCGGUGAAAAUGAGCCCCAAAAGGGUCAAAUCGGGAGACAACAAGGAGGAAGCUGACACAGGCUGGUCUGAUCUCCACAUUAAUGGCGUUAAAGUGGUUAGUCCAAAAGAAUAUUUGUAUGUUGACCCCCAUUCCUCAUCAUACAUGCCUCCACCUGUUCAAACUCAGCCCGGAUCGCUGCAUGAGUCAAUGUUUGAUGACUGGGAAGAUGGGGAGGAGAACGUGGACUCCCUUAUUACCAAGAAACUGCUGGAGCUCUACUCUGAGUAUCAGAUUGAAGAGCUGGCCAGGUGCACCUCUGAUUCUUCGUUUCUGAGGAAGAGCAAAGCAAUCACCCAGCUGAUCAACUCCCUGGCUGAGGAGCAUAAAAUGGACGAGCAGGAAGCUGAGUGCCGGCUGGUGCGUGGCAUCAUUCGUAUCAGCACCCGCAAAAGCACAAAGAAGAGGCUGCCCAUAUCCAGGAUGGAGAGGACAUUGUCAGACAGUGGGCACGAGACGAUGAAUACCACCCCCUCCUUUUCAUUGAGCAUCAACAAUGACUACAGGUCAAAUCCCAACAUCCAAAUAUCAGAUUUAACCUCCUCUGAUAAAUUUGCCAGAGAAAUGUGGAGGACGAAUGGAGGUCAUUCUUCAAGUUCACCUUAUAACACGGAGAUGGAUUCUUCAGGCAUCCCACUAAUCCACUCUUCAAUCAGGACAUAGUUCAGCCAUCCUUAAAGUCUUGUUGUGUCCACAAGGUCACAUGCAGGAAGUUGAAAGGAGACACUACUUGCACUGGGGUCUCUGGCAGAGCCAAGCUCCCUCAAGAGGCCAUGCUUUGUUGUGGAAGAAAGGAAAUGUGACUUCAGUCAACUCAGGGCUCUAUGUAGAUAUGUAUGGCUUGUAAAUAGAUGGCAGGAUUGGGAGCUUGUCCUAAAGAUUUGAGUUUAUCUUGACAAUUAACCUCCCUUUUAUUUGUGAAGUCGUUUUGAAAUGUGACCUAUCUUUUUGGGGUUGAUUAUUAUGCGCUUGUUAUACAGUGGUUUAUUUUAAAUGUAUUGUGUGUGGUUGUUUUUCUUUGUGUUAUUGCACAUUUCACCAUGCCCUCACUGUCAAAAUUGAUUUUAGUUAAAUCGUUUUUAAUUCAGUGUCUGAUUUUGAACAUGCAUGUACUUAUUUUUCUCUUAUUUUAUUGUUUUUUAUUAUUGUAUUUUACAUUGAUGUUCGAGGCAUUUCUGCUACCCAAAGUGGCAGUAGUGUCAAAAAGAUGAAGGUAGGUUUAAUUGUUCUACGAAAACAGACGAUAAAAUGAUGGUCUUGUGCUGAGUUUUUGUGUUUUGUGAUGCACUAAAAGACAAAUAACCUUAAUGUCAAAAGAAAUGUAGGCUUUUGUUCUGAAUGUUGGUUAAUCCAUCCAUUGAUGUUGUGGUUAGCUGGUUAGCUCGGAGAAAUGACUAAUGAGCCAGGUUUGUUUAGUGUGAAGGAAGCAACAUCAGUCUGUUAUGUCCCAAACGGGCACAUUGUUUGAGACAGCACAUUACCUUUGUUAUUCAUUAAUUGAGUACAUGUAAUUAAGAGUUUGAAAUAUUUCAAAUGCAGAAAAAGUGUUUAUACCGUUGUAGGAUAUUAUGCAGUCUGUCUGCUGUUUUUAUCAUAAGCUAACUAAUCUGUUAAUGUAGUUUAAUAUUUUCUGCAUGGAGGUAAAAGGUAAAAGAUUUAUCUUAAUGUUUUAUGUUUUGUCUCUAUUUGCCAAUAAGAAAUAUAACCACUAAAGAAGAA